CACGCUCUGUGCUUCUGUUGAAUGAGUAAAUGCGUAUGGCUGGACGGCCCAGAGGAAGGGCUACAUCAUGUUCUCAGCUGGUUAAGCUCCUUAAUGUGAGCUUUUAAAAAUUUUCCUGGAUGUUCAUCUGAUGUGAUUUUGGCUGCAAGAAGUAUGUGCUGUGACAGAACAGUUGUAUGUGAAGAAAAGCAGGAGUGGAAGUCACUGGCAGAGGAUCUUGCACUUUUCAGCUGCGCCUGAAGAGUUCAGCUGACUGCGGUGAGCAACCUGCAGGAGGAGAUAAACAAAAUCCAGAAGUGAAAAAGGCAAUUCCUUCUGCCACAAUGAGCUCUGAACGUGAAGAAGUUGAUGUUGCAAAAACUGUUGUCAAUGGGCUGAGCAGCAAUGGACAAGAAAAAGCUGUUGACGUCCCUUUAUACACACGCUCUAUUUCUGCCGUUACAAUAAUCCCUGUGAAGAAAGUGAAAAGUUCUCCUCACCUAGUGCUGCCUACAGAAACAGAUCCCACUAAAGUCUGCAGUGGAAAAGGAGCUGUGACCCUCUGGGUAUCUUCAACCUCUGAAGAGAAUCAGAAAAUCUCUUCGCCAUGUCCUCAGGAUGCUGAGAAACCUGAAAGUCUGGAGCCAGAAAACACAGAAACAGAUGAUUGGAGAUCAUCACCCAACACUGAUGCCAACGGGGAUGCCCAACCAUCUUCUCUGGCUGCCAAGGGUUAUAGGAGUGUGCGUCCGAACCUUUCCUCGGACAGCAAGCCACAGGCCCUUCCUCCUCCCCGUCCUCCUCUCCCCAAGGAGGAAAGCUUUGCAUGGCGUCCUCGCACUGACACUAAAGCAACCAACCUGCUGCCAGUGCCCAUCAUGGAUUGUGUGUACCUGAAUGCACCCAAGCCUUCUGCUCAGCGUGCAUCACUAAAUGCCAGCGCACGGUCUUACUUCUCAUCACCCACCCCCUAUGGGGCAGUCCCCAGCGGAAAGCAAGGCUUGCCAGCAGGGCAUUUUCCUUCUUCAGGUCCCAGAGAUAUGGUGCAUGUUGGGCAGCCACUCUUGGAAAGUAGCUCCUCAUCAAAUGCAUCAUCCUUACAACGCAACCCUGACAGGGCAGAUCCCAGUAGUAAGGCUGGAAUGAAUUCCAGUCAUGAGACGAAGGCGGAUAAAAAGGUCAGCAAACUAUAUGUAGCUUGUUUAUCUAACAACACUUGCUCAGCCACGUCUGAAAAUUCCACUGGCACCACACAUGACCCAUCAGCCAGCACCAGUUUGGGAGCUGAGGUCACUCAGGCACCAGCCACCAAUAUUGUUUUCUCUGCAACGGGAAAAGCUCUUCCUGCUCCUCCUCCUCCUCCUAUUCCUCCCAGGCCGUACUUUUACAUUGUCCUCAAUAAAGACGCAGUUAGUUCUGAUGCGGGCCAGCCCUCUUGGACACAGUCAUCACCUCCGCAAGCUUUGAGGGACAGAGUGCUAGAGCCCCAGAGCACAGCUGCCACAGAGGACAGAAUGAGAAAAGAGCCUUAUCUUACCCAGCAGCGGCAGCCGCCGUACAAGGCAGUGGGACGCAGCAUGGAUGUCACUGCCACCACAACUCAGCCUGGGGUUAUAGUAGUCCCCCUUGUCCAGAUUAAUCCAGACAGACAACAAGAAGGCAGCUCCAGCACUCCUCCACCGCCUCUGGUUCCUUUUGGGCAAGGCUCCGUAUUCCCUGAGACUCUUCCUCCUGGCACACCCUUGACUUUUCCGACUCUAGAUGAUUUCAUUCCCCCACAUCUCCAGAGGGGUUCCCACCAUAACCAAGCACCCUCUGCGUCUGGCACAUCACCCUCUGUUUACCCGAAACUUCCAUUCUUCUCAACACCACCUUCACUUGUACCUCCGGUUACGGGGGCUUUGCACAGGGGCUUGAAGCCUGAAAUCACUGGAGUCAUCUCACGUACAGACCCAGGUCCUGCACUAAAUGACGUGACCCAGCCUAGCAGUGGCACUGACUAUCCAACUUCCUUCACAUCAAUCAACAAGUCAUCUUCUGCCUAUCCCUCUACCACAAUCGUCAAUCCCACUAUUGUCCUCUUGCAGCACAAUCGAGAACAGCAAAAAAGGCUUAGUAGCCUGGCAGAUUCUGUGCCAGACAGAAUAAUUUCAGAUAAAGUAGAUUUGGCACUCACACAAGUCAAGCCAGUCCAGGAGCCCGUGCUGAGUGAGAGGAGGGUUUUGGAGGAGAAGAGAAUUGUCAAGAGCCCUCAGCAUAUGGCUGAUACUUCUAUUGAUGACAUUGGCAUUCCACUGAGGAACACAGACAGAUCGAAGGACUGGUACAAGACAAUGUUCAAACAGAUACACAAGCUAAACAGAGACACUCCUGAAGAAAAUCCUUAUUGCCCUACCUACAUAUUUCCUGAACUUCCUGAAAUCCAGCAAAAACCUGAAGAAGACAAUCCUUAUUCUCCUACAUACCAGUUUCCUGCGUCUACUCCUAGCCCUAUCUCUGAAGAUGAAGAUUCUGAUUCAUACUCUCCUCGUUAUUCCUAUUGUGAGGACACCAGAAGCCAGCCUUCAGUUCCUCGCUCCAAGAGUGAGAUGGACCAUAUUGACUCAGAGAAGGUGUUUAAGAGGUCUGCCACUUUGCCCCUACCAAACCGUACUUCAUUGCUGAAAUCCAGCCCUGAAAGGACGGACUGGGAGCCUCCAGACAAGAAGGUGGACACUAGAAAAUACCGUGCAGAGCCCAGGAGCAUUUAUGACUAUCAGCCAGGAAAGUCCUCAGUUCUGAACAGUGAAAAAAUGACUCGGGAUAUAAGCCCAGAAGAGAUAGAUUUAAAGAAUGAACCUUGGUAUAAAUUCUUUUCGGAAUUGGAGUUUGGGAAACCGCCUCCAAAAAAGAUUUGGGAUUAUACUCCUGGAGAUUGCUCUAUCCUUACUAGAGAGGAUAGAAAGACUGAUCUAGAAAAAGACCUCUACCUCUACCAGACUGAGUUAGAGGCAGAUUUAGAAAAAAUGGAGAAGCUUUAUAAAGCGCCACAUAAAAAGCCACAGAAGAAUACAGCAGGUGUUACUCCUCUGGAAACUUCCACAGACCAUUCUUCCUACUCCACAUAUUCACCCAACUACCACACAGCGAAGAGGGAUUCAGAACCAGCACUAGGGGACCUUGCUGCCUUGGAGAAUGAGAGACAGAUUUACAAGAGUGUGCUGGAAGGCGGAGAUAUCCCGUUCCAGGGGCUGAGUGGUCUCAAGCGUCCUUCUAGCUCUGCUUCCACAAAAGAUUCAGAAUCACCAAGGCAUUUUGCACCAGUUGAUUACAUGGAAACUCCAGAAGAAAUUAUCCGCAGGCGUUAUGAUGAUAAAGAGAAACUUUUAGAGGACCAGAGACGGCUUAAACGUGAGCAAGAAGAAGCUGAUAUUGCAGCUAGAAGGCACACAGGGGUCAUUCCAACGCACCAUCAGUUUAUCACUAAUGAGCGAUUUGGGGACCUCCUAAAUGUAGACGAUACAGCAAAGAGGAAAUCUGGGUCAGAGAUGAGACCUGCUAGAGCCAAGUUUGACUUCAAAGCACAGACUCUGAAGGAACUUCCUCUGCAAAAAGGAGAUAUUGUUUACAUUUACAAGCAGAUUGACCAGAAUUGGUAUGAAGGUGAACACCAUGGCAGAGUUGGCAUCUUCCCACGAUCCUAUAUAGAGCUUCUCCCACCAGCUGAGAAAGCUCAGCCCAAAAAGCCAUUACCAUUGCAAGUAUUGGAAUAUGGAGAUGCUAUUGCUAAGUUCAACUUCAAUGGUGAUACUCAAGUAGAAAUGUCUUUCAGAAAGGGUGAAAGGAUCACGUUGAUUCGACGAGUGGAUGAGAACUGGUAUGAAGGAAGAAUCUCUGGCACCAGUCGCCAAGGCAUCUUCCCUGUAACUUAUGUGGAAGUGCUCAAACGGCCAGUGGUCAAGAAUGCCAUUGAAUAUCCAGACCCACCUGUGUCACUCUCCCCUAACCGCAGCGUGACAGCUUCACCACAGUCUCCCAGCUCUGAGCUGCUCCAUACACCAACUCCUCCGCCUUUGCCUUUCUCACGCCGUGCCUUGUCUCCAGAGGUGCAGGCAGUCACAUCCGAGUGGAUUGCUCUGACUGUGGGAGUGUCUCCCAGCACCACUCCUGCCUUAACUGCUCCAUUGCCUUCUCUGCCUGAAGCCUCCCUCUCCCACACUGACUCUCUCUCACCUCCUACUGUAGCCAGCCCUUCCCCCUCGUUCAGCCUCCCCUAUUCUCAUCUCUCUGGCUCCUCAACUCCAAGGUCCAUUAAAUCCCCCUUGCCCUUUUACUCAUCUGGGCCUCAGCCCUCCGCUCGCAGUUACUACCUGGCUGCUCCGCAAAGCAAAGAGAAGGUUGGUGGCUCCUCUUCUCCCUGCCCUCGCUGGGCAGGCGGGAGCCCUGAGAGCAUCCUCACAGAGCAGCACGGCACCCCUGGCAGCCAGGCCUGGCUCCAGAAGACUAGAGAGGGCAGCAGCAACCCUGAGCAGGGUUCCCAUGCUGCUCCCAACAUCUCUGUGGAGCGCUGUCUGAAACCAUCCCAGCUAGACAUGCGUGCAAGCCCAGAAAGGAGACCUGUGAGUUCCUCUGAGGACAACCAGUUGUGUCAGGAGCUAAUGGCUAUUGUGCAGGGAGGUAAAGCAGAGAAAAGAGGCACGAGGAGAGGUGAUCUGGGGAAGUUUCAAGGCGGGGAAAAGAAGACUGCAGACUCAAAAGCUUUCUCUUCACCUGCUCCUCUCUCUUCCUCUGCCCUCUCUUCCUCUACUGUCACAACACAGCCACCUCCCAGACUUACACGUAGAGUCAAUAAGCCACAGCCUUCCCUCCAUUCAUUGAGAGCUGGACCAGAUCUCACAGAGUCUGAAAAGAGCUAUGUGGAAGCUGUUUGCAAUGAGAUCAUAAACAUUGCAGAAAAGUCUGUGCAUUACUGCAGUACUAUUUCUCAGCCUCUUGACUCUCGCAACAAGGUGACCUCUAAUGACCAUAAACCAUCUCUCAUCAUUUCUCAGCAACCUCAAGCACAGCAGCAAGGAGCCAGCCCUGACAGAAGUCAAACACCACGAGACAUAGUUAGCUACCAAGCUCUAUACAGCUACACUCCUCAGAAUGAUGAUGAGCUGGAACUGAGGGAUGGUGAUAUUGUUGAUGUUAUGGAGAAAUGUGAUGAUGGCUGGUUUGUGGGUACAUCCAGGAGAACGAGGCAAUUCGGCACCUUCCCAGGCAACUAUGUGAAGCUUCUGUACCUGUAAAGUAACAGUAAUCCCACAGUGACAGAGAUGGAGCUGUUUUUCAGAUGGUGUUUUUAAACAAUGAAGAAAGAGACAAUUUAUGAAUGUAAUAGACAAGAGAUGAAAAGUGUUAGGAGGAUGUGGUUAUGUGGUACAGUAUUGAGUUGAAUGUGUAGCCCUGCUUCUACUAAUUCAGGGUAUGAUUUGUUUGCUGAAGGAGAGACAGUUUCUAGUUUACAGUGCUGCCUUUGUGUAUUCCUCUCCCCUCCCCAACAAGAGUUCUGGUGAUAACCUUAAUUCGUAUGGAGUACUUUACUUCUGAGAAGGCUUCAGGGAAGCAAAAGGUAUAGGUUUUGUUUGUGUGUUAAGAUAUGACAGUACUUUCAGAAAGUACGUGACCUUGCAGCUUCUCCGUUCACUGGUGAGGUCAGGGAGGCCAGGCUUCCUGCCUUGCUGAAGGCUUACUGUGCUCUGCCUUCCACUCCCAUAGAACUCCCUUCCUUCAUGCCAUGCACCUUAAGACCCCGUAUGGGCAGAGGACAGCCAGUGUGGUUAAACUGCAGAACUCUGUUGAGAAGGAGUUUGGGACUGGAAGUUUAAUCCAGAGGUGUCAGCCAAAGUGUACUGCAGACACGCAAAAAGCCCAAACCCUUUCCUAACACAUUACCCACUUCUGCAAGGUUUUUUUCUUUUGUGCAGGGUGUGUGUGUGUGUGUGAGUGUACUGUGUGCAGCAAAACGAACUGAGUAAUGUUUUUUUAAAGAGAAAACAACCUGGCUUUGACAUUUAUCUGCACAAAGAAUAAAACCAAUAAACAGAACAUCCAUGAGAGCAAAUCCUGUUUAUGAGUCCUACGGCUGUUUGCUUUCUCUGCUCCCCCUUGUUGGCCCAAAAAGAGUUGAAGCAUGCUCUUUGGGAAGAAGGCUUUGCUUCUCUAGCAUUGAAUGUCAGAGGUUCUGAUAAGUCUGAGAAACAUGCCUUUGAAGGUGCCUUUUUCUGUUGUUCUUGCAGUGUAGAUGGUAGAUCCAAUAAACACCUGCAUUUUGACUGGCCCUUAGUCCAACAAAAAAGUCUGCUCAGUUUGGAAAGCCGUGUUUACAGCGGUUGUUACCAGUCAUAGAGAUUUGUAUUUCUUUGAGGAAAAAAACGUGGCUUGCCUGUAAAUCCACUACAAAUACUCUUUUGAUAGACACUUUGUUAUUAAGAAGUAUAAACAAAACCAGUUCUAUCAGACUCUGCUUCCUACAGUUACCAUACAAAUAGCAAAAGGUUAGAUUGCUAUUUUGUCAUAAGCCGUAUUUAAUAAUAUAAAAUGCCUAUUUUUAUGCUGAUGCUUUUAUACAGAUUUAUUAAGAGUAACUACAACUAACUGUUAGCACGACUUGCAAUAUGUUUUGAUAAACUAGCCAUGCUCCUGGGUUUGAAAUCAAGUAGGCUUGUCUUCCGUCUCAGUCUGCGGAGGAGAAGACUCAGUGUCUCAGAAGUUUGACUGUAAAUAUGUAUAUUUAACUUUGUACAGACAAUGUACUUACCUUGUAUAGAAAAAUAAUUUAAACGCAUUGAGCGAAGGGAGAAAAAGAAAGGCAGUUGUCAGAGGUUGGAAUUUUAUUCCACUUUUAUUUAAAUGAUGGAAUUCUGUGUGUGUUCAUAUAAAGAGUUUUAGCACAAAAUAUCCACUAUGAAAGAGUUUCAGAUAUGACACUGACCACUGACCACUGACUGCUCUUCAAUAGGAGAUAUCAUUAAUUCUGCAUCUUAUUUAUGUUUUUUUUCUGCUUUGGUUUUUUCUUUCAGUUAUUCAUAGCAAGACAUAGGCUGUUGCUAAGAUUGGACAGCACCAAAUUAAUCUAUCCAGCAAAGUAACACAAUAAUACUGACUGUAUAUAACCUACUCAUUUAAAGGUUUAUUUUCUGUUCUCGCUCUUGCCAUUUUAAGUUACACACACACACACACACACACACACACAUCACAACUUAUUUUUGUGUUGAUUUUUGUUCCUUAUUGCAGUGGAUUACUAUUUGGCAAUUAAUAAAUGGAAGUAUUGAAUUAC